GUAAAGAGCAAAGUAGCCCAGAGUCACAGCCUGACACAGUAGCUGCAAGCACUUCAAAAACACAGCAACCAGAGUACAUUGACCUCGUUAGCUCAGAUGAAGAGGAUCAAGUCGAAGAAGUCACUCGGUGUGCUGCUCAAUCAAGCCAGUCAACUCAUUAUAAUAUUCCUAUUAUCGACCUCACAAAAGACGAUGAUGUUUUACCUGUGCCUUCGCGAUACGUCCCUCCAGUCUGUACUUCCCACCGCAGCAAGCCUGCCCCAUUUAGCAGAUCACCAGUAAGUACACGUGAUUAUCUUGGUGAUGAUCUUCGUCAUCAUCAAUACAGGAUAUAUAAGCGCAUGACUCUAAGAGACCAUGCUACUGUAACAGCAAGAGCUAUAGUUGGUCGCUGUGUUGAAUGCACACACUUCUUUACUCCCAACGACCCCCCUCUCAGCAAAAAAAUCGGAUACCCGAUAUGUGUUGGAUGUGGCUUAUUGUAUAGCACAAUAAGACUUAAAAACGAAAAUCCAGAAGAUGUCAAACGCUGGUUGUGUAGUGGAGACCUCCCGAUCGAGACGUGGGAGAAUGAGAUCGAUAACGAUAAAGAAAAGAGGUUGGUGGAGAGCCGAUCUUACUGGAUGGAAAUAAGAUAUAGGCAGAGAGCAUCAAAAGAUCGCAACUACCCGGAUUAUAGAAAUGGAAUACCCACCAAAGAUGAGAUAUAUCAACUUUACUUGGAUAGCGAGUGUAAGUGUGCAAUAACAGGAUGGGUAUGCCACUUUGCAAAGAAGAAGAGACAGAAGUCGUGGUCGGUCACAUUUGAUCACAUUGUCCCUCUCUCCACAGCCCCGUAAACCCAUGGACGAUCUCAAACAUCCAAGUGAUGUGUUACCUUUUAAAUCAAAUUAAAGGUAGCCAUUCGGACGAUGAGGUACGUCGAUGGUUUACGCUCUGGAAGGAUGCACAGGUUUGAGAAAAAUCCAUUCUGUUGAAUUGCCACUUCAC